ACGGGGAGGCAUUGCUAGGGGACAGGCUGGCGGGGAACCGGGCUCGGGCCGCAGCCACCCGGGGUCCCGCAGGGCGGAAAGCCUGAGCCCCGAAGUGCCCCCCAGCAGGCAGGCGGCCGGCGGAACGCAGGCAGUGGACCGGCCUUCCCGUCGGGGGCGGGCCGGGCGGGGCGCGCGUCCUUCCAGGCAGCUCGGUCGCUUGUGCGUUCCGCUCCGGCUGCCCUCUGCGCUUGGACCCACUUCCCUAUCUGUAACGAGGUGGUGAGACGAGGCGGAGUUGACCUGGAAACCUCUCCUUGGCCACUGUCCUUUCUAAAGAACUCAUUUCCAGAGUCCACCAGCACAGAACUGGUGGGGGAGCCUCCUAGGAGCAGAGAAAAUGGCCAUCUUCAGGCAGCUGUCCCUAGGCGCGAAGGCCACCCUGGCUGCCGUCACUGUCUUCGUGUCCAUGAUCGCCUCCCGCUCGUAUCUGGCAGACAGCCUUGAGCUCAGGGCCUGGCGUUGGCUGCUUCGCUUGCAGCUUGCCCUGUUUGUCAACUCGCUCUUGCUCAUUGGCUCCCUCUACAUUUGGCGCAGCACAGUUAGCAACCUCUGCCACUCCCCAGCUGCGGAGUCGACCUGUUUUCAGCUUUGGAAGGUGGUGGUUCUGGCAUUUCUGGCCCUGGCCCAUUCCAGUUUCUUCACCAUGUUUUUUUUAGUGGCCGAGGAGCCCUAUCUCUUUUCCUUGGCAGCCUACUCCUGCCUGGGUGCUUACAUCAUCAUGCUCUUCUUCCUCUGCAUCCUCAGCGGCAUGGAGCAGGCCUACCAGCUCUUGGCCUGGCGCAGUGGUAGGGUCGUGGGCAGCCUUGACAAGACAAGGAAGCUGGUGCUCAGGCCUGCCCUGGCAGUGGGAGUGACUGCUGUGCUCAGCGUGGCCGGGAUUCUGAAUGCUGCGCAGCCCCCGGCUGUGAAAACUGUGGAGGUGCCCAUCCAUCAGCUGCCCGCCUCAAUGAACAACCUCAAGAUCGUGCUCCUCUCAGACAUUCACUUGGGCCCCACAGUGGGCAGGACCAAGAUGGAGAUGUUUGUGGGGAUGGUGAAUGUGCUGGAACCAGACGUCACCGUGAUCGUGGGUGACCUCUCCGACUCGGAAGCCUCGGUCCUGCGGACGGCUGUCGCUCCUCUGGGCCAGCUUCAUUCACGUCUCGGUGCCUACUUCGUCACAGGCAAUCAUGAGUACUACACGUCAGAUGUCAGCAACUGGUUUGCACUUCUGGAAUCCCUGCAUGUCCAGCCUCUUCAUAAUGAGAACGUGAAGAUUUCCGCCACACGGGCCCAACGUGGUGGUGGUGGCAGUGGCGGUGGGAGUGAGGAUGAAGACUGGAUCUGCUUGGCUGGGGUGGACGAUAUUGAAGCAGACAUCCUGCACUACUCUGGCCAUGGCAUGGAUCUUGACAAGGCCCUGGAGGGCUGCAGCCCAGACCAUACAAUCAUCUUGCUAGCUCACCAGCCCCUGGCUGCCAAGAGAGCUCUCCAGGCUCGGCCAGAUAUUAACCUGAUCCUUUCUGGGCACACACAUGCUGGGCAGAUCUUCCCCUUGAACGUAGCAGCCUAUCUCCUGAAUCCCUUCUUUGCUGGUCUCUACCAAGUGGCCCAGGCUACAUUCGUAUAUGUCAGCCCGGGCACAGCCUACUACGGGAUACCCAUGAGGUUGGGUAGCAGGGCGGAGAUCACAGAGCUCAUCCUGCAGCGGUCUCCCUGAACCGGCCCUGCCCUGUGCACCUCUGCCCUGCCCUUGCCCUCAACCCUCCAUCCUGCUUCAGAGUGGUUUGCCUGCUUUUCCCCUCCAGCCUGGCCCACCCAGCCUUGCCUACACACCCUUGGUCACAAGCCUGAUUCAAACAGUGACUCCUGGUGGGGCUGCCUGGCAUGUUCAGGCUGGUUUAACCGUUUCCUUGGCCGGUUGCUUUUUUUGAUGCACUUGUGAGAUCACUAAGGUCACAUAUAUGAGCACUCCCCUCUAUUUUCCAGGUGGUGUGGAGUGGGGACCUUCUCCUGCAGAGCUCCCAGGGAUGAACCUCCCCUUGGGGUUGCUAGAAAGGAAUACCUCUAGAAGGUGGGGCCGAGGAGGAGCAGGAGCAUUUUUCUCUUGGUGUUUUAAAACUGUCUUUAGGACUUAAUUGGUUUCCAGAAUCAUUGAUCCAGAGCCGUUCUGGGGAAGGGGCAGUGUUGCCAGGUAAUUUGGGAGAAUAGGCAAGAUGGAAGGGCCCCUUGGCUGCUAGAGAAGAAUAUUUUCUUUUCCUCUGCUUCUAUCAGGAUCACCUCUAUUGAGGGCAUCAGCAAAAUCUACUGGAAUGCAAAGCUCCUCCUGUUCCAGGCCUUGAGGGAUGCUAUUUAACUGUCUGUGCUCCUGGGCCUUUGGGGGCAAGGUCGGGGGAGAAGAACGAUGGGCGCCGUGGUCGGUGAUGGUGGGAACGUGGCUGCUUAGGAAUUCGGAAGGCUUUGCCUCCCUUGCCUCAUUUUAUACAACCCUUUGGGGAGCUAAUUGGAGACAGGCUGCUUUUCCCUAUUUGGAGAUGAGGAAACCAAGGCAAAGAGAGAUAGGGCACAGGCAAUAUGACAAGAUGUGUAGGAGAUUUGGGGCUAGAAACCAGGUCUUUUACCUCCCAGUAAAAGCGGUGCUUUUCCACCAUGUGUUGAUGAAGUAGCUGCAUCUGUUGCAGGUGGUCUGUUGCAGGUGAGCGCGGGAUUCAAAUGCAGUUCACCAAUUCACAGUGCAGAGAGAAUGAACAAGGGCCUAGGACCCCAUGCUCUUUCUAAGUGGUUUGCUUGAGGCUGAUUUCAACUUACCCAUACCGGCAUGGACUGGAGCCUGGAAGGGAGUCAGCUAGUUUCAGUGUAGGAUGUCUUACAUUUGAAGAAGAGUCAGGAAACUGGAACCCUCCACCUCCGACCCCACGUUUGGGUUUGAUUUUUCUGUGAGCAGCCGGGCUCACUCUGUCAGUGGGGGAGAUGAGGCCUGCAUGGGAGUGGCAGUGCUGUGUGCCUCUGGCAGGGCCUGCAGACUCCUCUCCCUGGGCCUGGCUGUGGAAUGCAGAGACUGUUCUUCCUGCUAGGUGGCUUCCAACCCACUUGCUUGACCCUUUAAGAGCUGCCCUUGGGCUCUGGCCAUGAAAUGAUAGGGCCAUCCCCACUGGCUUCUAGACCCAUAGAAAAACCAGGCAGGGAUUAUGAUGUCUGGAGUGACCCUGUUGGCCUGGCCCUUUUGCCGGAAGCAACAGAUCGUUUGAUCCUGAGAUGGAGAUAAGCACCUGUGUUAGAAAAGGCCUCACUGAGAAGACAGGGCUGGGCCAGUUUCCUGCUGGGUGAUUUAGGCUUGUGAUGGAUAGUCUUCCUCCGAUGGGGACUGAAGAAACUCGCUUUGACUGGAGAGGCUAACCCUGCUACUCACUCGUUGGGCAGCGGUGGGUGGGUAACUUUCCCUUACUGAGCCUUGGUUUCCAUCAACCCUAAAAUGGGGAUAAUUAUCACAUCUACCUCAAGAUUGUUUUGUCAGGAGGGAUCCAUCAAGCCUUGUGCAUGAGUUCCACAUGGCACAGUGUGCACAGUGAACACUCAAUGUUAAUUUUUCAGCUUUCCAGUGGAGCUUGCUAAGGAACUGUGUUGGGCACAGGUGCCCGG